GCAGCUCCUCCACCCCAUGGGGCAGCAGAGAGUGAGGGGCUGCCCCACCCAGCAGCCAGAGGGGGAUUCUUUUACCACAAAUAAUCAGUGAUGCUUUGGGGGUAGGUGGAGACUUUGCCUAAGGCCUCAGAAGCUACAAGGCAAAUAUCCAGAAACACCGCCCCCCCCCCCGCUCCCACACCCCCUGCUCCCGGUGUAUUAUGUUCAGACCUGCUCAUAAUUUUGGGGUCUUUCUCCUGAGUGUUGGGGGCUGCCCAGGGCCCUGGUCUGAUUUCUGGGCAGGUUUCACAUCUCAGCCACACCGGUGUCCCACCGGAGUCAAUGCUCACUCUGCCAGGGGGUCAGGGGCGGCUCUAUGUAUUUUGCCACCCCAAGCAUGGCAGUCAGGCUGCUUUCUGCGCGCCAGCAGGAGAUCCGGCUGGCAACGCAGAUUCGGCAGCAUGCCUGUGGGAGGUCCACCGGUCCCGUGGCUUCGGCGUACCCACCGCCGAAUUGCCACUAAAGCCGUGGGACCGGCGGACCUCCCGCAGACAUGCCGCCGAAGUCUCCCUGACUGCCGCUCUCACAGCGACCAGCACACUGCCCCCACGGCUUGCCGCCCCAGGGAUGAGCUGCUGCCCCCAAGUGACACAGCGAGACUGACUCUCCUGGGAACAAGGGGAGGAGCUGGACGAGUUGCCCUCCUCAGGGGGACCCCCCACAUGGCUCCUUUGAUUCUGCUCUUCUCUAGCAUUUGUCUUACUCUGUCCCUGAGGAGGGUUUAAAAGUGUCUCAGGGGGUUCAGUGCUGGUGGGAGGGGCCGGGUCUGUGUUGUAAUAAAGUAACUUAGGGUUUUCCCAGCAUGGCAGAGUCCAGAGCGUCUGUCUGCAGGGAAAGAGCCUGGGGGGAAUCGGGCUGUGAAAUGGAUUCAAGGCCCUUCUGAAACCUUCCUCUCAUCUACGUUUCACUUCAGAUCGUCCCCUCUUCCAGGGGACAGGGAAGGGACAUGGCUGUGAUGGAGCCAGCUCAGAUGCCGGUGACCUUCGAAGAUGUGGCUGUGUAUUUCACAGAGCGGCAGGGUGCUCUGCUGGAUCCCGCCCAGAGAGUCCUCUACAGGGACGUCAUGCAGGAGAACUAUGAGACAGUGACCUCACUGGGAUUCCCCCUUCCCAAACCUGACCUGAUCGCCCGGCUGGAACAAGGGGAAGAGCCGUGGGUCCCGGAUCUCCAGACCGCCAAGGAAAGGGAGAGCCCGAGAGGCACCUGCAUAGGCAGUGACUCCUGUCUGGAUUCUCUCUCUCCCAGCAGAUGAUAGGACUGUGAGUGAGAACAAGGAGGAGAAUCAACAGCAGGAAGGUCCUGAGAAAGUGAAACCACAGGAGAUGUUUUUGAGACGAG